AGGCGCCUUCCUACCCACAGUACACCCCGAAGCAGGCUCUUCCUCCGUGACAGCCAAUCAGCAACCACAUGGCCUGUUCUACUUCCGAACCGGAAGAGCAGCUAGAGACGAAAAGCCUGAGUGUCACAAAACGUCACUAAGCGCCGCAAUCGAAGCGGAUCCCGCCCUCCAACAGCGUAGCGACUCAAAGGGGACGCUCGCCGAAAGGGGCGUGGUUUCGCCAGAUCUCUUGUCCGAGCUGUACCUUCGGCCGGCGGAAUCAGCGCCUCGUUCUGCUGAUAGUCGUUGUCGUUCGUGCAACCAUGUUGGAGCCAUCUUGGCAUUGUCGCCGGUUGCGCCCUUGCUCCUUAGCAGCCCUCACUUUCGCCGUGCUCUGUCUAGGUCCCAGGGCUGCCUGUGCCCUUAAUCCUGCAAGGGGCACAGAAGCUCAGUGCGAAGUGUGUCAAGAUUUUUUGGAAAGAUUUUAUAGUUCUUUAAAAGAAAAACACUCUGACUUCUCCAUGACAUCUAUUGAGGAUGAAUUAGUCAGGAGCUGCAUGAACACUAAAGGGAAAGAAAACCGCUUGUGCUAUUACAUUGGGGCCACAAGCGAUGCAGCUGCCAAGAUAAUUAGUGAAGUCAGCCGUCCAAUGAGUGCUCAUGUACCUGUGCUGAAGAUCUGUGAGAAGCUGAAGAAAUUAGACAUUCAGAUCUGUGAGCUCAAAUAUUAAAAAAAGGUUGAUUUAACAUCAGUAGAUCUCUCUAAGAUGAGAGUGGCUGAGCUGAGGAAGAUCCUGGAUAGCUGGGGAGAAGUGUGCAGAGCAUGCAUUGAAAAAACUGACUUUGUGGACCUGAUUAAGGCACUUGCACCAAAACAUACAGCAGCACCUUCUAGAGCUGACCUCUGAUGGAAUGGUACCUGAUUGAAGCAUGUGCCUACUUACUGCUUACAAUGCACAUUGUUUGUGCAUCUCCAAGCACAAACAAUGAAAUAAGAAUACCACCAAGCAAUUUGUUAUAAAUAAAUGUUAAUGGAAUUUCAUGGUCCUUGGAAGACUUCUGUGGCAAACUAUAAAGAGAAGUUAAGCAGAUGAGAAAAACUGGAAAAAUAAAGCUGUGAUCCUACACACACUUGCUGGGGAGUAAACCCUAUUGAACUCAGUGGGACUUACUUUUGAGGAGAUAUGUAAGGAAUUAUGCAGUAAAUGACCAAGAGAUUUUUUUUUAAGUUUGCCAUCUUAAAAAUGUAAAAAUGAUAACUGGCCUCAAACUAAGAAAAAAUGACUUCACAUGAAUGUCACUAAAUUUGGUAAAUUAUACACACACACACACAUAUAUAUAAUAUGCACACACACAUUUAGGCUGUGUAUGUACACUUUGUCAGCUUAAAGCAGCUAGUGAUGUGUUGUCUUUCUCAAUUUAGAUCGAAGCUGGCUUGGCGGGGGAAAUGUAUCACAAUACAGUAUUUCAUGAGAAACAACAGCAUAGAUACAGAAUAGAUAUGGACUGUGGCUAACAUCGGCUGCUUUUACACAUCGGGCUGAUUGCAUUAGUUUAACAGCUUUAAAAGGUAGUGCUUCUGUCCUGAUUUCUAAAAUCCCUUUCACACUGCAGUACCUUUUGCAUUAAGGAACAACAGUUUUUUCAGCCGAUAUACCGGCAUUUUGCACAACAGUCUUUCACACGGCUUCAAGGAACAUCUUGUUUUCGUCCCUCACCGAUUGUACACAUGCACACUGUUCUCCACUUUGUAGGAGUUCUAAGAUCUCGUCCUGUCACCAUGCAAGCCCUCUGUGACGCCCUUCCCUGGCUCUCCCUGUCAGGUUCCUACCUGCUCGUGGUUACUGCCUGUCUCUAGGCACCACCAGGGACUCCACCAGUCCGGACUGUCCUUUUUUAUGGUUUCUCUCCCCGCUCUAGCACAGAUCUCAACAGAUCCCCCUGCUAGGCAGCACCACCAGUCACGUCCUAUAACCAGUAGUCCCAGAGACUCGGCCUGAGUCUCCCUCAAUUAGGUUACCUCUGUGACUGCGUGCUUAAGCUGUCCCAAUCCCUUUGACCCUUCCUUGUCGCUUGAGGCUCAAGUGGCCUCGGUGGCACGGAAUGCGUUUUACCAUCUUCGCCUAGUAGCCCAACUACGCCCCUAUCUGGACAGUGAUGAUCUCGCCUCAGUUGUUCACGCUCUGGUAACUUCUAGAUUGGACUACUGUAAUGCGCUUUACGUAGGGCUGCCCUUGAAGACUGUUCGGAAACUCCAGCUAGUGCAAAAUGCGGCAGCCAGGUUGUUGACGAGGACCUAUCGGUCUGCGCAUAUAACACCUGUCCUGGCCCGCUUGCACUGGCUACCCAUCUGUUUCUGAGCUAGAUUCAAGGUGCUGGUUUUGACCUAUAAAGCCUUAUACGAUGUGGGACUGCAAUACCUUGUGGAACGCCUCUCCCGCUAUGAACCUACCCGUUCACUUCAUUCAGUAUCUAAGGCCCUCCUCCGGGUACCAACUCAUCAGGAAGCCCGGAGGACUGUUGUUAGAUCUAGGGCCUUUUCUGUGGUGGCCCCCGAACUCUGGAACAGCUUACCUGAGGAGAUACGCCUGGCGCCUACAGUACUUUCUUUUAGGCGCCAGGUUAAGACCUGGCUAUACUCCCAGGCAUUUUAAUGUUUUUACGUUUAAUUUUGUUAGUUAACUUGCUGCUAUGUGUUAUUGAUUUUAUUAUAUUAUUGUAUUUUAAUCCAGUUUUGUACACCGCCCAGAGAGCUAC